AUGAAUUUUGGAUCUAUAAAUAUAAAAGGAGCAGGAGGGGCUGGAAAAGCCAUGGGAAUUAGAGGUAUGGUGAUGAAGUAUAACUUGUCUUUUUUGGAUAUACAAGAGACUCAAUUUAGGGAUUUGCCAUUGAAUAAAAUCAGAAGAUUCUGGGACAACACAGGUUUUGAGUAUUCGAAAAUGGAUGCGGAUGGUAGGUCCGGGGGACUACUAUCGAUGUGGAAUCCAUGUGUUUUUAAUAAAGAUUUAGAAGAAAAGAAUCAGAAUUACAUUAUAGUUAAAGGCCGUAUCACUAGGGAAGAUGUGGAUUUGGUAAUUGUGAAUAUCUAUGGUUCAACACUAAAAGCAAAUAGAAGAAGGAUGUGGGAAGAAUUGUUAGCUGCAAAGAAUUCCAUAUCAGGCCAUUGGAUUUUGUUGGGAGAUUUCAAUGAGGUUAGAUUUCUAGAGGAUAGAUUUAACUCAGUAUUUGACGAUGCAGCCAUGUGUUUUAAUAUCUUUAUUAGUAAAGGGGGUUUCCAGGAAUACAAUAUGGGCGGGAUGAAAUACACGUUUCUAUCCGGUGACGGCACUAAUCUCAGCAAAAUAGACCGGGUGUUGGUAUGUGACAAUUUCAUGGGUAAAUGGACGAAUGCAUCUCUAUUAGCCCUUAAUAGAGAGAUAUCUUAUCAUAGCCCGUUGAUACUAACCACUGUUAACAACAGUUUCGGGCCGUCUCCCUUCAGACUGUUUAACAGCUGGUUCUCACUAUCUGGUUUUGAUGAGGCAGUAAAAAGAGGUUUGAGCAAAAAUUGUGAUUCAAGAUUCAUGGACGAAGUGGUGGCAGUCAAAUUAAAGGCGAUUAAAGACGAAUUGAAGCAAUGGCAAAAAAAAUAG